AUGGAGAUUGAUAUGGGGGCCCCGGGGGCUCCCCUAGACCCACUCACUCUUGGCAACCGCGCCUGGAGAUCCCGGUCCCCGCGCCCGAGGGCUGUCGCGGGGUUCGCGGGGCCUCCUGCCGCUGACUACCUCAUUAGAGCUCGGGGACCCUGCCGCCGUCCUGCCUCCCUUCUCUUCCCAGCUGAGGCUAGAGCUCCGUACCCCCCGGAGUGCUGGAGUUGGGGGGUUCAGCGCAAGCGGGGUGCAGAGGAUGAGGAAACUGAGGCUCAGAGAGGUCACAUGGCUUGCCCGAGGCCCCUCAGCCAGUGUGACCCCACACCCCUGCCCCCUGGGCCACCUGCAGGACGCUGGCCCCUGCCCCUCAGCAGACGCCGGAGAGAGAUGAGUAGCAACAAAGAGCAGCGGUCAGCAGUGUUCGUGAUCCUUUUUGCCCUCAUCACCAUCCUCAUCCUCUACAGCUCCAACAGUGCCAAUGAAGUCUUUCAUUAUGGCUCCCUGCGGGGCCGUACCCGCCGGCCCGUCAACCUCAAGAAGUGGAGCAUCACCGAUGGCUACAUCCCCAUUCUCGGCAACAAGACUCUGCCCUCCCGGUGCCACCAGUGUGUGAUUGUCACCAGCUCCAGCCACCUGCUGGGCACCAAGCUGGGCCCUGAGAUCGAGCGGGCCGAGUGCACAAUCCGUAUGAAUGACGCACCCACCACGGGCUACUCAGCCGAUGUGGGCAACAAGACCACUUUCCGCGUAGUGGCCCAUUCCAGCGUAUUCCGUGUGCUGCGGAGGCCCCAGGAGUUCGUCAACCGGACCCCUGAAACCGUGUUCAUCUUCUGGGGUCCCCCAAACAAGAUGCAGAAGCCCCAGGGCAGCCUGGUGCGCGUCAUCCAGCGAGCAGGCCUGGUGUUCCCCAACAUGGAGGCUUACGCCGUCUCUCUUGGCCGCAUGCGCCAGUUUGAUGACCUCUUCCGGAGUGAGACAGGCAAGGACAGGUACCAACCUCCUGCCCGCUCCCUCUGGCCAGCCCUGUGCUCCCUCUCAGCACACUCCGCCCAGAGGGCCUGUUGCUCCCAGCAUGCACUGCUGUGACGGUGUGGUCACUUCUUGCCACCUUCUGGUCAGGUUUCCUAGGGGAGUUGGCUUCAUGUCCAGCUCUUAGCAUGAGUCAUUUCCAACAUGUUCUGCAUGGCCUCGUCUCCCCCCCGGGGUGCAUGAAUGGCUCUGAGAGGCUAGGGCUCCCAGCAUGCUCUACUCUAAGGUUGCACAGUCACUCCUAGCAUCUUUCUAGGAGAGCUGCCCCAUAGCAUGCCUCAUGGAAAGUGUUGACCAUUCCCAGCACAUCUUACUUUAAGCACACAGUUGUUCCCAGCAUGCUCUAUUCUAAGGCUACAUCACCCUCAGUAUGCCCUUCUCUGACUAAUCUCCCUAGAAAAGCUAGGCCAGUGCUAUCCAAUAGAAAUAUCAUGCAAGCCACACAGGUAAUUAAAAUUUUUAUAGUAGCCACAUUUAAAAAGUAAAAAGAAACAGGUGAAAUAAAAUUUAAUAUAUAUACAUAUUUUUUUUAAAAAAUAAAUUUAUUUUAUUUUUAUUUAUUUUUGUCUGCGUUAGGUCUUCGCUGCGCGGGCUUUCCCUACUUGCAGCGAGUGGAGGCUACUCCCCGUUGCGGUUCACGGGCUCCUCAUUGCAGUGGCUUCUCUUGUGGAGCACGGGUUCUAGUCGCGCGGGCCUCAGCAGACGUGGCUCGUGGGCUCAGCAGUUGUGGCUCGUGGGCUCUAGAACACAGGCUCAGUAGUUGUGGCGUAUGGGCUUAGUUGCUCUGCAGCAUGUGGGAUCCUCCCGGACCAGGGCUCGAACCUGUGUCCCCUGCAUUGGCAGGCGGACUCCCAACCACUGCGCCACCAGGGAAGCCCAAAAUUUAAUAUAUUUUUACUUAACUCAAUAUGUCCAACAUAUAGAUCCUGUACA